AUGCCGCCAUGGCUGCUGCUGCUGUGCCAGGCCGCGCGCUGGAACCACUUGGAUCAGCUCAGCGACGUGGCGAAGCAGGGCGCCUUCGGCGCCAAUGCGCGCUGCAGCGGCGAGGGCUUCAUCUACGGCGGAACGUUGCUGCACGAGGCAGCUGGAGCUGGCCAUGCAGAGGCAGUGCGGCUUCUGCUGGAGGCCGGUGCCAUGGUCGAGGCUGAGGAUCGCUUUGAGAUGACGCCCUUGGGCUGGGCCGCCUUCGCAGGUCAUGUGGAAGCCAGCAAGGUCCUUCUGUCCCACGGUGCCCAGCUGGACUCGCAGGAUGAAUUUCUGAUGACACCUCUGGCCACGGCGGUGAAGGAAGGUCACCUCCGCGUGGCUCAGCUGCUGAUCGCCCACCGGGCGGAUCUCAACGCGCGGGCGCAGCUGGGCCGCACGCCGCUGAUGGAGGCUGCGCGGCAAGGGCACCUGAAAUUGGCUCAGCUGUUGCUGCAGCACCACUGCGACAUGGAUGCAACAGAUGACUUGGGACGACCUGCAUUGGUAGAGGCCACAGUGAAAGGCGAUCUGAAGAUGGUUCAGCUCUUGGUCGAGGGUGGUGCCAACGUCUUUGGCAACACCAAGCAGGGCUUACCCUACUACCUCACUGGCACCUCACAGGUGAAGGACUACAUCUACCAGCAGAUGAAAUUCAGCGCUCUGCUGCACCGCAGCUGGGCCAUGUGGGUCCUGGCCAUGGCGCCUCUGCUGGGCUUCGUCUGGGCCAUUGCCAUGCUGGACGUCCGGAGCCAACGGAGUUUCAUGCGCCUGUUGCAUGAUGAGGAAUUGUCUGAGGACCCUGCUUCACAGCAAGCGGCUUCGUGUGUGGGGAAAGCGGCUGCGAUCGACGUGAGCACCGACCCCUUCUACCAAGGAGCUCUGGUGCUCCUUGCCAAAUCGAAGAAUUGGCGAUUGGCGUUGGCGUUUCGGAUGUUGGAGGCCUCCAGCGUCUUGGUCCUAAUCUUCAGCUUCGGCAUGGCUGUGGUGUGGUGGUUGAUCUGGAUUCCGCUGCACCUGCUGCUGUAUUUGCUCCCAGUACUACGCUAUGGCAGGGCCCUUCUGGCAUCGCCCGAGAGAGUUCUCACCGAGCACCCAGCGUGGGUGAAACUUCUGCGAACCCUGGGGUUGAUGGCCCUAAUCCUGGCGGUCUUGGCCUGGCAUCACACGCAGUGCUACCUGGCGCAGAACUUGGAUCUCGCCUGGACAGCGCCCAUCUGCCGCUCCCAGAUGCUGCCGCAGUCCCUAGGGCCCAUGCCCUUCGAUUCACUGCGGAAUCCCAGUCUGAAUUGGUACGACGUCCUCCUAAAUCCCUACACCUCUUGGCACGGUGCUUCCACCAGUGUGACCGGUUUCGGGAUGAUGGUGCAGCCCUACCUGGUCACUGCCGGCUUCGUGCUGCUGCUGCUGGUGAUGGCCGCAGCGUUUUGCGUGUGGCUGUUGGUGAAAAGCUUGUCAUCACCCUGCGAGUCGAAAGUGGAGAAAGUGGAGGGCUCGACGCUGCAACCGCUGCUCUCUCCGGAGCGGUUUCCCACAGAGAUCCAGCCGGAAACGAAGUGCAGUGUCUAUGGCACUGUGCUGCUCUUGAUGUUGGACUUGAUCUUUGACCUCAACACUGUCUACACCUUGAUGUUCACCGGAAACCCCACCUUCGCCUUCUGUCUCAUGUUGGUCAUCUCCAGGACGGCGGCGCAGCACUUGCUCUCCGGGAAGCUUUGCCAUCUCAGAGAGGUGCUCCAGCAGAGUUCCUUGCGGGGCAUGAUGCAUGGAGAGCUUCUAGAGAUGAUCGAUGUUCACGGCUUCGAGGCAGCGGCUUCGAUUUGCCUCACGUCCUUCUCCUAUUGGUUUUGCAUCCAAACUGCUUGGCAGGCUGCUGCGCAGAUCUGCAGCGCCUGCGCAUCGAAAUGGGGUGAAACGGAGAUGAAACGGCAUUCUGCUGAGCAUCUGCAGCUUUUCACUCUUCGUGUUUCAUCGCGUGGACGUCGAGCGACCACCGCCAUGAGUUCAGCAGUUGUGCUGCGCGAUGAGUCGGCCGUGCUGCCAUGCCUGGCCGUGCGCGCCGGCAACGUCUCCGCCCUACGCGCCGCGCUGCGCACGGAGUCGGUUCUGCAAGAAAUUGACUUGCGCAUCUGCAUGGGCAAAUGGGUGAGACGUGCCCUGCUUCACGAAGCUGCCUCACUAGGCCAAUUGGAAGCGACCAAGUUACUGCUGGACAAAGGAGCCAGAGUAGACGUGGAGGAUGGCGACGGCUGGACGCCCCUGGCCACAGCCACCCACGAAGGUUUCCUGGCCACGGCCAAUGUCCUUUUGGAGAACUUCGCGGACGUGGACCACCGGGCCUUCAGCGGCCAAACAGCGCUGAUGCGGGCGAGCCAACAAGGCAAUUUGAAAACCUGCGAAUGGCUGCUGGCCAAUGGCGCGUCAUUGGACAAGAAAGACAUCUAUGGGAAGAGCGCCUUACUGCUGGCAGCUCAGGAAGGUCACCUGCAGGUCGUCGACCUGCUGCUGUCCAAAGGGAUGAACCUCGAAGAGACGGACCCAAGCGGCUGGACUCCACUGGUCUGGGCCACCAAACAAGGGCACCAGGCGCUGGUGCGGCAUCUGCUGGAGCAAGGCGCCUCGCUCCAUUGGGACCACGAGGGCAACAGCCCGUUGCUGUGGCCGCUGAUUUCAGGCAACUUGCCAAUGGUGAAGUUGCUACUGGACUAUGGGGCUGAUGUCUAUCGCAUCAGAGCCGAUGGGCUGCCUCCCUACUUGGCCUCCGGGUCGCAGGAGCUCAACGACUUCAUGCUGAGGAGCAGAUGGAAGGCUUUCUUCAUGAAUCCCUUGGUAGCCCUGUCCUUCUUCGGUGGCUGCUUGGUGGGUGCUCUGGCAGCCUAUGUGCAGCUGAACCAUUCCGAGGUCUUAGGGCGUUUCAUAGCACCGGCCUACGACCUCAUCAAGAAGGAAGAGCAGUCAGUGCAGCGGGUGAAAUCCCACGCCAGCAGCCCUUCGGCGCGGAGCCACUCCGUCCGCAACAGGGCCGAGAGUAACACGUCCUCAGUGUUGUCCUUGGAGGUUCCCGUGGAAGAUGAGACAUGGAAGGAGUACCUGGAGUACCUUUGGCCGCAGUUCUACCACGGUGCCUUUCUCAAAACCGCUGAGUUCCAGACCUCGCUACAGCUCUACGGCCAGAUUGUUGAGGUGGAAGCGACCGCGGUGAUGUUUUGUUUCGGGCUGCUGGCGGUGCGGUGGAUCCUUUGGCUUCCGCUGCACUUUUUCCUCUUCGCAGUGCCCUGCGUGCAGCACUGGAAACUGCAGGUCUUGCGGGAGCCUGCCUUGCUGGUGGCGAAACUGCCUGGCCUGCCAGGCAUCCUGUUGAUGCUGCGCUGCGUCUUCCUCUGGGGCCUCCUCUUUCUGGUGGCCCGGCCGAGCAGUUGCGACUGGCCCAGCUACAGCAGUUGGGCCAAGCUGCUCUGCAGCGAUGGGAGCUGGUUCCAAGGGCUGCAGGAUCCGCAGUGGCCCCAGCUGCUGAUGAAACAAAUGACUUGGCGGAGGCAACAUGUGUCAUCCGUCACAGGUUUCAUGAGCCUGUCUCUGGGCGUAAGUUUCUUUGCCUAUUUGAUUUCCUUGGCAGAGCACACCUACCAGCCGAAGAAGCGCUUGCCCAUCGAAGUGGAGCGCAUGCUUUCCGCCCUGCGCCAAACUGCACCGCCGCCGCACGUGGGCAGCAGCAAUUUCCAAGAGAAGCUGAAAAUCCAGGUGGUGUUUCUUGUGGUGGAUGCAGUUUUGCAUGUGAAUACCGUGCUGGUCUUGCUUUGGACCGGUUACUUUCUCCUGGCUUUCCUCUUGAUGGCGGUCGUUGCCAGGUCGCUGUCUCUCCAAUUCCUGCUGGGAAGACUUCAGCAACUUCCGGAGGCGAUCCGGGAGAGCGAACGCUACGGCCUUUGUCGGAAGGAUUUGUUGCAGAUCAUGGCGGAACAGCGAACUUUCAAAUUCCAUGAGCCCAUCCAGUACAAACUGGUCAUUUUGCUGUCGCGAUGGAUUUCAGGCCUCAGCGAGGAGCUGGAGCUGCUGCUGAGUCGUCGAAGUCUUUGGCUUCUGGUCAACGAACCGGGCGAAGGACCGCUGGCGGAGCAAACCGCCAGAGAGGUGCAACGCUUCCUGCAGAUGCCUCGUGCGUCUUCGCCCUGGUCCGCCCUGGCGAUGGUGGAUUUGGGCGGCCACGCGGCGGCCAACUUCGAGGUGCUCUUGGAACGCCUUCAAAAUGCCUUAAUUCAGGCGGCCAGCGAGGCCGCUAGUCACAGGCUGCCGCAGGCCACUCAUCAGCAGGUGGAAGCUGAGUUGCAUGCGGCAGUGCUUCAAGCCCAUCCUGAGCUGGAGGACCAGUUGGCCCAACUGGCGAAGGAGCACCAGCUGAAGUCCUGGCGGCAGAUGGCCGAAGUGCAAGGCGCCGCCCCGGUGCAGGCCUCUGCCGAAGUCCUGGGCGCUGCCGCAGCGCUGGAGGAUCUGCAGCGGAGCCCUCCGGGAUACCUGGCGCGGCGCAGCGGGCGCAGUGUGCCAUAUUUGCUCAGCUACCUUGAGGCGUGCACAGAUCAUCGGCCGCCUUUGUUGUGCCUGCUACACCUGGAGCGAUUGCUGCGCUCGCCCUUUGUGGACCAACGGGGCGAGGAGCUUCUGGCCAUGCUGUUGAAGAUCCUCCAAAAAAAACCGCCACGAGAGAACAGCCUGCGGGCGCUGUUGCAUUGCUGCGAUGGCCAUACAGCGUUUUGGGCCUUGUCCGAGCACGCCCAAGCCACAGGCUCCGGUUCGGCCUGCGGAAUUCUGCCGAUUGAAACACAGGAGGACGUGGAUGAGAAGAUGCGCUCGCGAAUGGAAUGGCAGAUGGAUCAGAUGAUGAGCCACCCGGCCCUGUUGAAUCUGCGGAUGGACGUGGAUCGCACCACCUUCUCGGCAACGAUUUGGGAGUCGAUCAGGCACAUGCUGAAGCGGUCGCACCUACUGGCACCUGCCUGUGCAGACCAACUCAAGCACCCCGUGGUGCAGGCCAUGCUUGCAGCUGGCUUGCUGGUGCCCCGCUGGUGGCCCCUGCGGCUAGAAAUUCCCAAAGUCAACAGGAAUUUUCUGCAGGAGUGGAUCACUGCUGAACACGCAAAGCUUUCGUGGACAGAACGAUUGGAGUACAACGUCCAGGUCCUGCGCUCCAGAUCUGAACUCCUUCGCGAACUGGAUCGAUUGGGAGAAGCCGAAAAGGAUCAGGGGUGGAACCCCAAUGCUGCGGCUGAAUGGAUGAUGUUCAAUGGCACUUCAGCAUUCCAUGCCAAACCGCUGUUGGCAGCGAAGAUAGUGGAAGUCCGCGACACGUACGGCAAGAUGUCUGCGAAGGCGCGGCACGCUCGAAUUCACAACGGGCCACUGCAGCUGCGAAAAGCACUGCCGCCCCGAGAUACCACCGAAUGGGUGCGUAGCAUGAAGCAACCCUACUCCUACUUUGAGUCUUCGGCCAACGAACCGACUCCCAAGCCCGAGAAGUCCAAGGGGCCACCGCAGUUGUGGCUUCCCAUGAGUCGAUUGCAGAAGCUGCAACUGGAGCGAAACGCCAGCGACAAGGAGAAGGAGAAAGAGAAAGAGAAGCCGUCCUUGGCGGAGUACGAUGAGCGAACCCUUGGACGCCCACCCUGGGAUGAGGGGCAUCACAUCAUGGUGUCUCGCAUGAACAAUGAGGUUCAGAGCGGGGUGCGGGAAUACUUCGACAAACCCAAGCGCAAGGAAGGCGAAGGCAUUCCGAGGAUGCGCGAGAGGUAUGCCAUGAGUGAUCGACAACUUGCGUGGUAUGAUGAGCCUGGGAAACCAGGUGAGAUGCGCCGCACAGUGUUAGACAGCGUGGGUGCAUAUAACAUCGGUGGUUGCAAAGAUUAUCAGUUACCCUCCUACUGGCGCAAAGUCAAGGAUUGGUCCAGUCUGAGCUCGCCAACAUUGCCAUUGGAACUGCGACAAAAGACCCAACCAUAUGGCCACACACCCGCCUUGGCUGAACGGCGCACGCUGUACCAAGCACUGGCCAACAUGCCGGCAGCCGAAGCAACCUUGUUUUGGCGUGGCUGGGUGGAACGUGAAGAUGGUUUCGCCAAGGCGGAAGCUGCGGUGUCGCCGUCCCAAAAAACCAGGUGGAACAACUCCUGGCAAGUUUGUGCCCAGGGCAAUGAUGAGAUGAAUUGGAGACUUGGCAUCGCAUUUGCCAUCACAGUGACAUCAUGUGAUCUCCGAAUCCGAAUGUCCCAUCUAGAAAUAUCUAGAAUCUAAAGGGAGACAGAGCAAAUUGGAUAAGUGACCUGGCGAGAGAUGGACCUGCAAAAAAAAUAGGGGCAGGGUUUGGAAAGCCAUUGGUGAUGCUUCCGUGUGGUGAGGCGCUGUCGCGAAUACUUCUCAGUGCCCUUGGGAGGGACCGGGCGCUCCAUGGCCAGAAGCGUGCCAUUGUUGAAGCAACCUUUGGCCACAACUCUGGAGGAGGCCCUGGAAGAGUUUCACCUCAACGAGUCGCCCUGAGCCGCUAACGACUGGGCCG